AGUACAUGUACAUGAAGUCCGACUSAGUUGAAAUAUGCUUCUGUAUCAUUCGCUCCCCAUCCUUCGYCGCAACUUAAGUUCCWUGGCAAUAAAGCCUUAUAGAUUUGCAAUACCUUCAGUGUUAAUUCGAGGUCAAAGCACAAUCAAUAGAUCAGAGAUUACAGGACACGAAGUAAAGCAAUUUGAUGAAAUUCCCGGUGGAAAAUCUUUACCUUUUAUCGGAACAACAUUGGACUUACUGAAGGAAAGCCGAAAGAAASCAUUUACGAAAGCAGUUCUUGACUUCCAAUUUAGAGGUGUCCAAAGGUAUGGUAAAAUCCAUAAGAACGUCAUUCCAGGCUUUUCGACUCCAAUCAUUAUUGUUGCUGAYCCAGACGAAGUGCACAAAUUAUAUCAACAGGAACCGMAAUACCCCAGGCGUUUUGACUUGGAAGUGUUAAACAGGUUUUUAGACGAAAGGAAGAAGACCAAGGGAGUUUUCUCGGCGAAUGGACCCGAGUGGUACCGACACAGAAGCACAAUAAGCAAGAAAGUUUUGAGGCCAAAAGAAGUAGCCGCUUAUUCACCCAUGCUGAACGAUGUCGUGACUGAUUUAAUGAUCAGAUUUGAACAGAUCAAAGAACAACCUGGCAGUGAGUUUGCUCACGAAGUCAAAACAUUGAGGAGCGAGUUGUUCAAAUGGUCAUUUGAAUCAAUUUCUUAUAUUAUCUUAGAAAGAAGAAUGGGCUGUAUGAGUGAUGCAAUCAGUGACGAUUCAAGAGAACUUAUYAAGGGCGUGCAAGGUUUUUUUGAAGGACUAUUUCCUGUUAGUUUAAUUCCUCCUUGGCUUCAUAAAUACUACAAAACAAAGCCAUACAAGCUUUUUAUAGAUUCCUUGGAAAAUAUGUAUAAAUACGCAGAAAAGUUCAUCGAUAAGCGAAUGAUGGAAUUACAGAAAGAAAAUCCCACCAAMGCAAAAGAUGCUCAAGACGAACACGUUGGAUUUUUUCAGUUUUUAGUUGCAAGUGGUAAWCUUUCGAGAGAAGACAUUGUUGGAAGCGUGAUUGAYCUUUUAUUUGCUGGAGUCGAGACAACCUCUAACUCAAUGCUAUGGGUAUUUUACAUGCUUGGAAAGAACCAGGACAAGCAAGAAAUAUUGCAUMGAGAAAUCGCCUCUGUCCUUAGUCCCGGUGAAAUUCCAACAGUUGACGACAUUAAYAACAUGCCUUAUUUAAAAGCCUGGAUCAAGGAAACUCUUCGCCUUUAUCCAAUUAUACCAUCUAACGCUAGGAUUCUGCAAGAAGACAUGGAAAUCGGAGGGUAUCAUAUUCCACAGGGAACCCACAUUGCUGUCCCUAUUUUCUUUAUGGGUAGAGAUGAAGACACCUUUAGAGAGGCAACAAAGUUCAUACCUGAGAGGUGGCUGAGAGAUCCUAACAUYAACACCUCUGGUUUACCACAUGCCUUUGCGACACUACCUUUUGGGUUUGGAAAGCGGAUGUGCGUAGGCMGACGCAUUGCAGAACUUGAGAUGUAUCUGUUACUAUCCAGAAUUGUUCAGAAAUAUCAAGUCYUGUAUCCUCAUAGUGAUGAGGUAGAACCUGARGCUAAAGGGACCUUGUGUCCUGACAGAGAUGUCAGGGUAAAAUUUAUGAAAAGGGACAUUGCAUAGRCUGCARUGUUUCCUGACUGGUGUCAUUUAUAUUGAUGCAUCACAUACAUUUAGUGUAGAAUUUAAACUGUGCGACAACUUUAUAACCUCAUGCUUAAUAUAUUCAGUAAUGACAAUAAUAACAAUUGGUGAUAGCUAAUCACCCUUCCUCACCGUCYGAGUGCUGAAUAAGUGAGGGCAAAGCUGCGCUAUCAACCGACACAUAUCUGAUCACGGAGCGUAGCUAGGAUAGAAAUGCUCAGUUUUGCCAAGGGAGAAGAAAAAAAGAGAAAAAAAAUCAAAGCAAGGGAGAGAGCUGAAGCAAACUGAAGCCACAUGUGACCCCAAUACAAGUCAGAAUCAGACCCAGGGCUACAGUAGUGCCUGGCCGACGCUCCCACUGCUUAGCCACCCUUGCUUCCCUUUUUUCUACUCUGUAUUUUAAAGGUCCAGUAUAAAUUAAAGUUAAAUUUUUGUUACAUGCUAGAUAUUAUCUAUUUGAUAGUAUCCAUUUAAUAAUAAUAAUAAUACUGUUUAUUAAGGCCUCUGGCAGUAAUGAUAAUACUGAAUUACAGGCUUGGUAAAUAAAUGGAAAAGGACAAAACA